AUGACUGCGGCAGCCGAGGCUCCGGAGCAUCCCCCAACAGCCGGCACUGCUGGGGCAGGCGCCCCUGCGUCACAUCCGACCUUGUCCUUUGCUGCUGGCUUGGCCAGUACGUUCGUGCGCAUCUCCGAGGAUGGUCAAACUGCGGAGCACAUGGAUCCCAAUGGCCCUGCGCUGCAAGGGGUUGUCUUCGGAUCCAGCCCGAUUCCGACUUUCUCCACCGGUGCGUACUUCGAAGUGCUUGUGCAGAAGGCGAACCUCAAUGAGGAGGAUGGGCUCACACUCGGUGUGACGACGACACUCCCCCAAGAGAUCCCAGAGCCCUUUGUGACGGCGGACGACGUUCCAAACUCUUACUGCUUCGGCUUCGAUGGGAAGGCCGUCCUUCCGGACUGCGAUGACCCCAUCGAUACCGGCUGGAACCCGAAGGAUGUUCGCGUGGGAGACAGAGUUGGGCUAUUGGUGACCCCGCAAGGAGAAGGGCAGGUCUUCCGCAAUGGAGAAGCAAAGGUUUCAGGUGUACUUGGUCUGCCCGUUGGCGUGCCUCUGUUUCCCAUCGUUGACUUGCUGGGCAGCGCAGUUUCGGUCUCUUUGGUGCCUGCGGCGGAGCCCCCUCUUCGGAACCUUGGGCUUGCUCCGCCGCCGACGGCCACAGAAAGCCUUCCAGGCUCGAUACCGGCUCCCAGUGGCCCCAAGGCAGCCGCCACACCGAAACCCACCCCUUCCCAUCCCACCCCGGUCCCAGCUCCCGUAACGCCCACGCCUGCCCCCAAGCCUGCAGCACCUGCCGCUGCUGGGGUGGCGGCCAAGCCGAAAGCCGCGGUCGCUGCACAGGCGAAGGCGGCGACUCCUGCAACUCAGAAGGGUCCCUGCUUCAGCUCGCACCUGAAGGGGAGGAUGGUUGCUUUGUCUGAGCAGAACACCGUCGCUUCAAAGCAGUCGAGCGACACAGAGGCGUUGCAUAGCGUCGUCUUCCUCGAAGGGAAGAUGCCAGCGGUCCCCGGAGGUUUUUACUUCGAAGUGUGCGUGGAGCAGACACUGACUACGGAGCUGGAUGGACUGGUGUUGGGGGUUUGCGGCUUGCGCCCCUCGCAGGAGGACAUGGCAUCCUUCGAGACGGCAGACGACGUACCCAAUUCCUGGACCUUGGGCUACAAUGGAGAGAUGCGAUUCCAUGAUGAAGACGAGAAUGUGCCGAUUGGCUGGAACCCCAAGGACCUGGCAGUCGGCGAUGUGGUCGGACUCUUCGUCGGCGAGGACGGCGAAGGCGAGCUUUAUCAGAACGGCGUGGAGAAGCUCUCCCACAUCACCGGCAUCCCUCCAAGCAGGAGCUUGUACGCCUUUGUGGACCUCUUGGGCAACACAGGGGCCGUCCGAUUGCUGCCUGGCCAGCCACCGACGAGGGCCCCGAGGCCGCCGAAGCCAGCCUUGAUCGCUUAUGACCUCAGUCAGGUGCUGUCUGCCUUCGCGCUCUCACCCAAGUCGCCGCACGUAACGAUGUCGGCUGAGAUGUUGCUGGCGAGAUGCAAGCCGCCAGGAUCGGAGGGCGCUGUGGUAUUCGGCAACGGCGCUGCUCCAAGCUUUCCGGCGGGGCACUUCUUUCAGGUGCGGCUGGAGACACUCGGUGCAGGAACCCGGGGCCCAGCUCUGGGGUUUGCCGCCGGCGCUCCCGGCGAGGCCGCCAGAGGCCCAGAGGUGCCGCAAUCCUGCAGCAUCGGCUACGAGGGCAAGGCUUACGUAGCAGGUCGAUCAGAGCCUUUGGCCUUGGAGUGGUCGCCCAGCGCUUUGCAAAGUGGGGAUACCAUGGGGCUUUUGAUCUCGCCGAAUGGUUUCCUCUCGCUCUGCAUCAACGGCCGCUACGUGGUGCGUGAUGUGGCAGGAAAUCUCCCCAGUGGUCAAGCGUUUCUCCCGUUCGUGGACUUCGGGCAACGCGGGGCAGCGAUUUCUCUGGAUCUCGGUGCCAAGCCACCAGAUCACAGGUUCGGUGGCUUCAGUCGCGCCCUGCUGAGCCCCGUCGUCACCUUGAAAGGCAGCGCUGCGAGACGCACCGGUGUGCAUCCAAAAGGCGCCGGCCUAGGAGCUGUGCUCUUCGGGGACGGGCCGCUGCGCGCGGAUGCCGGCGUUCGAUACUUUGAAGUUUGUAUCGAGGAUGUCACUUCCGCGUUUGCCGAUGGCUUGACAAUCGGAGUUGCCUUCGAGUUGCCAAAAGCAUUUCCGGCAGAGCCCUUCGCUACCAGCGAGGAGGUGCCAAAAUCUCUUUGCUAUGGCUUUGAUGGCAUGGCACACCGCUAUAACUGGGAAGAGCUUCUUCCUAUCGACUGGAACCCUGCGACGUUGGAGAUUGGAGAUACGGUGGGAAUCCUUUGCACUGCCGAGGGCGUGCUUCAAUUGAUCGUCAAUGGCAUUUUGGAGUCGGAGGCAUUGCAGGUACCCAAGGACUUAGAGCUUUUCCCUCUUGUGGAGCUCAUGGGGAACACGCUUGCAGUGUCGGUGAAGGCCGACGCAUCUCCGCCAGCCAUCCAGCGAAAACCCCCGAAACCGCCUGAGGUGAAGGCCCCGGAGCCCGAGCCGCCGAAGGCCAAGGCGGCACCUCCUCCCGAGCCAAAGCCGGCGGCGCCUCCUGCACCGGCAGCGGCAAAGCCCACCCCGAAGCCGCAGGUCCGGGUGUCGCAGGCAGCACCGAAGCCAGUGCCAGCCCCUCCGCCUGACUCGGGGCCAGCCUUCCACGCAAAGCUGCUCAGCGAUCAGGCAGAUGUUAUCUUUCUGCUUAGGUUCAGUGCCUAG